UCUGGUCCUGAUGUGGUGAAGCAAGGGUUCAUGUUAAAAAAAUAACCGGAUGUGGUGAAGCAAGGGUUUCUAAUUUCAUAUCGUGGCAACUAAGAAAUGAUGAAGUGAGAUGAUCCCCACAAUCUUCUGCCUGUUUUGCCUUAUGCAGGAAGACUGCCCUGAUGUUAGCACUCUGCACUUGCCUCCGUGACAAAUAUAGUCUUGCAGCGGUUACAAAUGAUAUAUUCACAAAAGAGGAUGGAGAAUUCUUGGUCAAGCAUGGAGCUCUUCCUGAAGAGCGUAUACGUGCCGUUGAAAUUGGAGGCUACCCUCAUGCAGCUAUACGGGAGGACAUCAGCAUAAAUCCGAGCCCUCUGGAAGAGCUAUACAACUUGUACAAGGCCGAUUUGCUGCUCUGUGAAUCUGGAGGAGGUAUUGUCCGUGUUGAAUCCCACAUUAUAAGGUUUAUUAUCUUGUAUGUUAGACCGGCUUAGUGUUAUCAGUUGACUG